AUGUUUAAAAACUUUAGGAAUGCAUUAGAAACUCCAGAGGAAUCUGACAAAAAUUUGGAAUUGUCACCGCCACCACAACGCGAACAAGCAUCCCUUGAAAGGGUGGACAGCAAUAUCAUGGAAACUCCUCUCAUUGGAAUAAAACUACCUAAGACCCAAAAACAUUGGACGGAAGUCAAUACAUACUUCCAACUUCACAGAACGUCCUUACCAAAUGUAUCCGACAUCAACAAUUUCACCACCUCAUUCCAAUCACUGAUCUACAAUUAUUUUGCAUCCAACUACGGCACGGUAAAGCCGCAAGAUUUAUCGACAACACAAAACACCCUAAUAAAACAGUCAAAAACAUGA